AUGUCUGAUUCACGUUUAAGUAUGAAUAAUAAAGAGCUAUUUCCGCGUCAGUUGGGGAGAAAACAUACAAAUAUCUUUAUUGGUAUUGGUAUUGCAAUUACAUUAGGUAUAUUAUCAUUUAUUACAUUAAAAAAUCAUACAUACAAUAGACGACAUGUUAUGGCUAAAAUAAGACGAGAUAUUCAAGAGAUUCCAGCUGGAACAGAGUCCAUGUUUGAAAGUUAUCAAAAAAAAUUACAACAACGACAAUUGGCACAAUCGACACAUGAUAAAAAUGAUCUGUAA